AGUCCCCUUCCUUUGGUUGUGUCUCAAGAAACUAGAUCAACUUUUUUCUCGCUCUCUUCAGCAAAUCCUGUUUCGUUGAGUUCGAAUGUCCUGUUUGAGUUUUCUCGGUCAUCACUUCAGUUUCGCCAAACCUCAAAAUGCCACACUCUGAGGAUAUCAUUCCAGCAGAACAGACUGCUAUCAUUGCCCUGCCAAACGGAGAACUUGGAAUUUCUCACAAUGUGCCAGUCCCGCAUGUCGACGACGAUCUGGCCCUCGUGAAAACGGUUGCAAUCGCCGUCAACCCCGUGGACGCCAAAAUGGUAGGGCCAAUGGCAAGUCCCGGUGCCAUUUCUGGCUGUGAUUUUGCUGGUAUUGUUGUGAAAAUAGGUGCAGGCAGUGGAGAGUACCUGAAGAUCGGGGACCGCGUGGCUGGCGUGGUACAUCCAAUGAACCCUAUGCGCCCUGAUGUUGGAGCUUUUGCAGAAUACGUUGGUGCCACUGCCGAUUUCACACUCAGACUGCCUGAAACUAUGAGUCUGUCAACUGGAGCAUCACUGGGAACGGGUGUUGGAACCAUGGGACUGGCUUUGUUCAAUCACCUCCAGCUACCCAACACACCUGAUAAUCCAGGCGUGUUUCCAGUCAACAAGCCUUGUUACGUUUUGGUGUAUGGAGGAAGCACCGCUUCUGGCACACUCGCUAUUCAAUUGAUCAGACAUGCGGGACUGACACCCAUUGCAACCUGCUCGCCCCGAAACAACGCCCUGGUGGAGAGCUAUGGCGCUGAAAAAUGCUUCGACUACAAUUCGCCAACUUGUGCGAAGGACAUCAAAGCAUACACUAAGAACGGUCUGCGAUACGCAAUGGACUGUAUAGUCGAGGCUGAUACCAUGACAAUCUGCUAUGAAUCGAUUGGACGGUCUGGCGGACGCUACACAGCACUUGAGCCAUUUCCCACUCACCUCACAAGCACGAGGAAGACCGUCGUGGCAAACUGGGUUUUGGGACCUUCCAUCCUUGGAACCAAGAUUGGCUGGCCAGCACCAUUCGGCCGUGAAGGCGAUCCGUCGCUGCGAGUGUUUGGGAAAAAGUGGUUUCAAACAGCCCAGAGAUUGUUAGAUGAAGGGAAGAUCAAGCCACACCCCGUGAGAGUCCACGAUACUGGUUUUGAGGGGGUUUUUGACGGAUUGGAGCUUUUGCGAAAGAAGAUGGUGUCUGGUGAAAAAUUGAUUUACAAUCUCUGAGUUCGAAAUAGAUUAGCGUAGUUGGAAAUCAAAAGCGAUAAAUG